GCUUCAUCCUCCGGAAACCUACAACUCCAGGCACCCGGCCACCAGCUUUCGGAACUAUGGAGGCCGCGCCCGGGACCCCCCCGCCGCCGCCAUCAGAGUCGCCGCCGCCGCCAUCGUCGCCACUGCCAUCAACGCCUUCGCCUCCUCCGUGUUCCCCCGACGCCUGCCCGGCCACCCCGCACCUCCUCCACCACCGCCUCCCGCUCCCUGACGACAGGGAGGAUGGUGAGUUGGAAGAAGGCGAACUGGAAGAUGACGGGGCCGAGGAGACCCAGGACACCUCCGGAGGCCCGGAGAGGAGCCGGAAGGAGAAGGGGGAUAAGCACCACAGCGAUUCUGACGAGGAGAAGUCUCACCGGAGGCUGAAGCGGAAACGCAAGAAAGAGCGAGAGAAGGAGAAGAGGAGGUCCAAGAAGAGGCGGAAAUCCAAGCACAAACGCCAUGCUUCUUCCAGCGAUGACUUCUCUGACUUCUCGGAUGACUCGGAUUUCAGCCCCAGCGAGAAGGGGCACCGCAAGUACAGAGAGUACAGCCCCCCGUAUGCGCCGUCCCACCAGCAGUACCCCCCGUCGCAUACCACGCCCCUGCCCAAGAAGGCCUACUCCAAGAUGGAUAGCAAAGGCUACAGCAUGUAUGAAGAUUACGAGAACGAGCAGUAUGGGGAGUACGAGGGUGACGAGGAGGAGGACAUGGGCAAGGACGACUACGACGACUUCACCAAAGAGCUGAACCAGUACCGGCGUGCCAAGGAGGGCAGCAGCCGAGGCCGAGGCAGCCGGGGCCGGGGCCGGGGCUACCGGGGCCGAGGAAGCCGUGGAGGGUCUCGAGGCCGAGGCAUGGGCAGGGGCAGCCGAGGCCGGGGCAGAGGCUCCAUGGGAGGAGACCACCCAGAAGAUGACGACGACUUCUACGAGGAGGAGAUGGAGUAUGGAGAAAGUGAGGAGCCGAUGGGAGACGAGGAUUAUGACGAUUAUUCUAAGGAGCUGAACCAGUACCGCCGGUCCAAGGACGGCCGAGGACGAGGCUUAAGUCGAGGCCGUGGCCGGGGCUCCCGGGGUCGAGGGAAAGGGAUGGGCCGGGGCCGCGGUCGAGGUGGCAGCCGUGGAGGGAUGAACAAGGGCGGAAUGAACGAGGACGACGACUUCUACGAUGAGGACAUGGGCGAUGGCGGUGGCGGAAGCUACCGGCGGAGUGACCAUGACAAACCCCACCAGCAGUCCGACAAGAAAGGCAAAGUCAUCUGCAAAUACUUCGUGGAAGGGCGGUGCACAUGGGGAGACCACUGUAAUUUUAGCCAUGACAUCGAGCUACCAAAGAAGCGAGAACUGUGCAAGUUUUAUAUCACUGGAUUUUGUGCCAGAGCCGAGAACUGCCCCUAUAUGCAUGGUGAUUUUCCCUGUAAGUUGUAUCACACCACUGGGAACUGCAUCAACGGUGACGACUGCAUGUUCUCACACGACCCUCUGACUGAGGAGACGAGAGAGCUCUUGGAUAAGAUGCUGGCCGAUGACGCGGAAGCAGGCGCCGAGGAUGAGAAGGAAGUCGAGGAACUGAAGAAGCAGGGCAUCAACCCCCUGCCCAAACCACCCCCCGGCGUGGGCCUCCUGCCCACCCCGCCCCGCCCGCCCGGCCCGCCGGCCCCCACCUCUCCAAAUGGCAGGCCCCUGCAGGGUGGCCCCCCGCCCCCACCCCCGCCCCCGCCUCCGCCCCCUGGGCCCCCUCAGAUGCCCAUGCCGGUGCAUGAGCCGCUGUCCCCGCAGCAGCUGCAGCAGCAGCAGGACAUGUACAACAAGAAGAUCCCCUCCUUGUUUGAGAUUGUAGUGCGGCCCACAGGACAGCUGGCGGAGAAGCUGGGUGUGAGAUUCCCUGGACCCGGAGGACCCCCAGGGCCGAUGGGCCCUGGGCCCAACAUGGGACCCCCAGGGCCGAUGGGGGGCCCGAUGCACCCGGACAUGCACCCUGACAUGCACCCCGACAUGCACCCCGACAUGCCGAUGGGCCCAGGCAUGAACCCGGGCCCACCCAUGGGACCAGGAGGCCCCCCGAUGAUGCCCUAUGGUCCUGGAGACUCCCCACAUUCUGGAAUGAUGCCCCCCAUCCCGCCAGCCCAGAACUUCUAUGAAAACUUCUACCAGCAGCAGGAGGGCAUGGAAAUGGAGCCGGGCCUCAUUGGGGACACAGAGGACUACGGGCACUACGAAGAGCUGCCGGGGGAGCCUGGGGAGCACCUCUUCCCCGAGCACCCUCUGGAGCCUGACAGCUUCUCUGAGGGAGGGCCCCCAGGCCGGCCGAAGCCGGGCGCCGGUGUCCCCGACUUCCUGCCCUCGGCCCAGAGGGCCCUGUACCUGAGGAUCCAGCAGAAGCAGCAGGAGGAGGAGGAGAGAGCGAGGAGGCUGGCUGAGAGCAGCAAGCAGGACCGGGAGAAUGAGGAAGGUGACCCUGGAAACUGGUAUUCAAGCGAUGAGGAUGAAGGUGGGAGCAGUGUCACCUCCAUCCUGAAGACCUUGAGGCAGCAGACAUCCAGCCGACCCCAGGCUUCCGGCGGGGAGCUGAGCAGCAGUGGGCUGGGGGACCCCCGCCUCCAGAAGGGCCACCCCACGGGAGGCCGGCUGGCUGACCCCCGCCUCAGCCGGGACCCCAGACUCAGCCGUCAUGCUGAGGCUUCCGGUGGGUCAGGCCCAGGCGACACAGGACCUUCAGACCCUCGACUGGCUCGCUCCCUGCCCACCCCCAAGCCCGAAGGCGGCCUUCAUUCCAGUCCCGUGGGCCCCAGUGGCUCCAAGGGGUCUGGGCCACCCCCUGCAGAGGAAGAGGAAGGGGAGCGGGCCCUUCGGGAGAAGGCUGUGAACAUUCCCCUGGAUCCUCUCCCUGGGCACCCGCUGCGGGACCCGCGAUCACAGCUGCAGCAGUUCAGCCACAUCAAGAAAGAUGUGACGUUGAGCAAGCCGAGCUUCGCCCGCACUGUGCUCUGGAACCCUGAGGACCUCAUCCCCCUGCCCAUCCCCAAGCAGGAUGCUGUGCCCCCCGUGCCCGCAGCCCUGCAGUCCAUGCCUGCCCUGGAUCCCAGGCUGCACCGCACCACCACCACCUCGGGCCCCCCCAACCCCCGGCAGCGCCCAGGCACCUCCACAGAUCCCAGCGCAUCCGGCUCCAACCUGCCUGACUUCGAGCUCCUCUCUCGCAUCCUAAAGACUGUCAAUGCCACCGGCCCCUCGGCAGCCCCUGGUCCCGGUGACAAGCCCAGUGACCCUCGAGUGCGAAAGACACCCACCGACCCUCGGCUGCAGAAACCAGCAGACUCUGCCACCUCCUCCCGGGCUGCCAAGCCUGGCUCCACUGAAGUCUCUCCAUCCGCCAGCCCCAGCGGGGAGUCCUCCCCACCAGCCACCGCCCCCUAUGACCCCCGAGUGCUGGCAGCAGGCGGCCUGGGCCAGGGCAGCGGGAGUGGGCAGAGCAGCGUGCUGAGUGGCAUCAGCCUCUAUGACCCCAGGACUCCCAAUGCUGGUGGCAAAGCCGCAGAGCCUGCUGCUGAUGCGGGCACCCAGCCCAAGGGCCCCGAGGGCAACGGCAAGAGUUCCGCCACCAAGGCCAAGGAGCCUCCAUUUGUCCGCAAGUCCGCUCUGGAACAGCCCGAAUCGGGGAAGCCUGGGGCAGAUGGGGGCGCGGCCACAGCCACGGACAGAUACAACAGUUACAACCGGCCCCGGCCCAAGGCCACCCCUGCCGCCGCUGCCUCAGGCACCCCGCCACCAGAGGGCGCCUCCCCCCAGCCCGGCGUGCACAACCUGCCCGUGCCCACGCUCUUCGGGACGGUGAAACAGGCACCCAAGACGGGCUCCGGAAGCCCCUUUGCCGGCAACAGUCCAGCCCGAGAGGGUGAGCAGGACGCUGGGUCCCUGAAAGAUGUUUUUAAAGGCUUUGACCCCACUGCCUCCCCCUUUUGCCAGUAGUGUUAAGCCAGAGUCGAGAGCUCCCCGCACCCUACCCUUCCCAGGGCAAUAUUUAAGGGCAGAAACCAGAGUUGGGGGCUUGGGGGGAGGGGGAGGGUGUUCUUUCUUUCCUUUUUUUCUAUUUUUUUUUCCCCUUGCCUUUUUUUUUUUUUUUUUUGGUAGUACUUUCUUUGAAACAUAUAAAUUGUACAUAACCAUCUUCACUUCUGGUCAGCGCUGUGGGGCUUCUAGGCUCCCGGUGAGAAAACCUACGUGUAUGUGUGAACAGUCGCGACUCCCCGGGCCUCAGCUCCAACUGGCACUCCUCCUGGCCUGGCCGGGCCUGAUUUUCAGGGACUCCUUAAAGGCUGGGGCCGUGGUCUGGUGGCUGGGGGUCCGGUGGGUUUUCUGGGCAAAGCCUGGCCCCUCUUCCUUCUCCCCUAGCCCCCAUGCCCCCAGGACAAAAGGAACAGCAGACAUCAAGGAGGCAGUAAACACUGCUCACCCUGUGUUGCAUGAAUAAGAAGAGAUGGAGCCACGACAGUGGGCAGGACCAGCGUGGAAGCAGGUCCAGGCGCUUCUAGAACCCCGUCUCCUCUGCAGUGUGCUGGCAAUGAUGACCCACUUCAGGGGCCAGUGGAAGUGAAAAAGUAUCAAGAAAGAAUGAGCAAGCCCUCAGAAGCUGCCUGGGCUGGGAGAGACAGAGUCCCUUCCCACUGCUGUCUCGUCUGGAUUCACACAUGAGCCUUCCUGCCAUCCUCCGUCCAGAGUGCAUCCCUAAACCCGCGCCGUCCAGCUUGUGUCAGAAGACUCCAGGGUGAGAGAUGGACCUGGAGUCAGCAGGGCUGGUGUGGGGCGAUGUCCCCCAAGAGCUGCCUCCAGGAGGCCGCCUCCGCAGACCACGUGUUCUCCGUCAGUAUUAUCCCUCAUCCUGUCCUAUCGUGUCACGGCCAUGCCUUUCUCCCCUCCUGCUGGGGUCUGCCCUGGGCCUCAGAAGCCAGAGUGCCCAGUGUGCCAGCCCCUCUGGGGACAGCUCAAGGAUCCGUGGCGUGGCCACUCCACCAGGCUUCCGACAGGGAACCCUUGGUGGUUCUAGGCAAAGUGUUUCUGCUCCCUCCGCUUUCUUCACACCUCCUUGCACCAUAUCUUUAGGGCCUAUGGUUUUUGGUGCGUUUGGUUUUCUUCCAAGCUGACAGGUGCAUGAGUUCAGAAGCAUGUACAGUGUUGGAUUUGUGGUUACUUUGGGGACAGGGGCCUGAGGAAAGGGUGAGAGACGAGCCAGGGCAAGGAAGGGGCUGCAUGGCCCUCUCCAAGAGAGGGACUGGGACCCCACUGAGGGUGGGGGCAAGGAGCCCAAAGCCUGUGUCCUGCUCUUCCCAUCUGGCUGAGCCAGGAAGGGAGCAGAGAUGCCUGCCCCGAGUGCCCCCACCGCCCCUAAGACCCUGGCCGGGCCUGUCCUGUCCAGAGGAGGUCCACACUACGAACAUGGCCUGAAGGGACGGGCCCGAGAGGAACUGGCCGAGGCUGGGUGGCCAGGGUCCUUUCCGCCUGCAUGUCAGUACAUGCCGACUGUCUCCUGCCCCUUCCCUUCUCAUCCCACCGCCUCAGCUGUCUCGCCUAAGGUCCCUGACUCUUCCUCGCUGAUAAUGAGGAAACCUGGUGUCCCAGCCAGUGGGGCCCCCUUCCUACCUCCUUGGGGUGGGAGGUAAACGAGGCUCCUAUACCAACCCCCCUCCCCCAGGAGAGAAAUGGUGGUUGAGUUUGGGGCCAGAAGUGAGCGCAGGAGACGCAGCCCCUCCGUCGGGGUCAGUGCGCCAUGAUCAGGUUGGUUUGGUUUGUCUUUGUGUCUUUUUGUUUUGUUUUGUUUUUUAAACAAUCAUUAGUGAGAUUUUUCUUCAGCCACUAGAGUUGGCCUUGAAGCAGAGGGCUGCAGCCCUUGAUGUUUGUAAAAUAAGAAAGAAUACACAGUGUGGCUGUGGUUGGGUUUUUUUCCCUCCUUUGAAAAUUUUCUUUUGUAAAAGCAAAAUUAAAUACCUUUUUAAAAAAUCUGUGGAUGAAAUAGAAGCUGGAACUCUCCUCUCGGAAUAUUCAGCCUAAGAACCUCAUGGGACUAUGAAUUCACCCGAAAUUUUCAUUUGCCAUCAGGCCGAGCUUUUAAAGAAAAAUUGUUCUCUAACCAGGAUUGUAACAAAAGUGUAAAUACUAUUUCAGAGUUGAAAGUUGAUGGUGCAAAUAUGUAUAUAACGUACUGUAUUUUUACAAUGAUUGUCGCAUGACUCUAUUCCACCCCCUUUUGUACUCCAGAUCUGUCUUCCAGAACCGUCACCUGCCCUUUCUCCUGUGGUCUCUUAAUCCAAUAAUUGUAUUACUGCCAUUAAAGGAUGCAGUUAUUUUAAAAAG